GCGUGACGCAGCUCAACUAGUGGCCCACUUUGUGCAGCUAGCAGCGGCGGUCUGCAGCAGCGAGCUCCGCCGCCCCGUGCGCACGGCUCGGACCCGAUUCGUCGGUGCUCUGCUGUGCCUUCACUGCUUCCACAAUGGAGUUUUUACUGGGGAACCCAUUCAGCACGCCUGUAGGACAGCGUAUCGAGACUGCAACCAGCUCCAGCCUGCCAUCAGAAGACUGGUCUUUGAACAUGGAGAUCUGUGAUAUGAUCAACAGCUCAGAAGAAGGGCCCAAAGAUGCAGUCAGAUCCAUAAAGAAGAGGAUUGUGGGAAACAAAAACUUUAAGGAGGUCAUGCUGGCACUCACAGUGCUGGAAACCUGUGUGAAAAACUGUGGAUACAGGUUUCACAUCCUAGUGACCACAAGGGAUUUUAUAGAGGGGGUUCUGGUUCGUUCUAUCAUCCCUAGGAACAACCCUCCUCUGAUAGUACACGACAGAGUGCUCAGCAUCAUACAGGCGUGGGCUGACGCAUUCCGAAGCUCGCCCGACCUGACAGGUGUCGUGUCUGUUUAUGAAGACCUGCGCAGGAAAGGACUAGAGUUCCCUAUGACAGAACUGGAUGGCUACUCCCCCGUCCAAGCUCCCAAAAGGACUUUGCCUCGGAACGGGCCUGUUGUUGCUACUCUCCCCGCUGCGCUGCUGUCCUCCAAACUUCCCCUAAACCCACCCCAGACCCUUGAGCUAAAACAGACGCUAGAUGGAAGUGAUGCCUUCACUCCCAACCAGGUCAAAGCGCUAAAGACAGAGCUGGGAGUGGUGCGGAGCAACCUCACAAUGAUGUCAGACAUGAUGAGUCAGCUGGAUCCUGUCACGAUAAAACAAGCCGACAUGGAGCUGCUGGAGCAGUUAUACACAGUAUGUAAGGAAAUGCAGGACAGGAUUGUGCAGAUUGUCCCCAAGCUUAGUGAAGAGAAGUUGAUUGAAGAGUUGCUGGCAACCAACGACGAGAUGAACACUGCCUUCUCUCGCUACCACAGGUUUGAAAGACAGUUAACAAACGGUCCUGAUGCGACGCAAACGAGCCAUACCUAUGUAAACCUAACAGACCUCAAUGUCAGCCAGUCAGAGGCUGCGUCAGUCGCCAACGGAGGCUCGCUCAGCCAAUCAAAAGUGGACAGCUUGUCCAGCCAGAUGGCAGGGCUUGAUACACAUAGCGUAGAUGACGUUGACACACUAUUACAGAAAAGAAAUGUCUCGACCGAAACAGGAAGUGAGAAUGCGGACGUUGCACCGGAUGGCCUCGCACGAGCUCAGGACAACACGAUGCAAAACUCUAAAACGGAUUACAGCCCAUCCUCCUCCCGAAGCUCUUCACCAAAGUUAGACUGGAUGAUUAAAAGGGGAAUGAUUCCUGUCAAGCAGUCCAAUGUCAUGGAUGAUAUUGAGAAAUGGCUUUCACUGGAAGAUGAGUAUGAUGACUUUGAGGAGUCUGAUGGUGUCACGAGUGAAGAGUUUGACAGGUUCUUGGCACAAAGAGCCAAAGCGGCUGAGCGGCUGCCUUCAGUGCGACAGUCUUCCCAGGACGCCAACCACUCAGAGUCCUGAGCUUCACGCCCACCUGCCAACCUAACAACACUCGCAAAGUCCCUCUGCCAUCAGGGAGAGAUGAGCUGUAUUUUGCUUUCAUGUAUACAACUGGCACAUUCGGCAUGAGGGAUUUCAGCCCAUAUUUAGUACUUGUUUUAUUGCUUUGCUGGGGGGUUUUUAACUGAUAAUGUGUGUGAAGGACUGUUUUACUUGACGUUAUAAUUAAGUGGCGGUAAUGCAAACAUUUGCACAAUUUCUAUGGUUACAUUCCUGCUAUUGAAGAAGGAGACAUGGAACAUUGUUACUUUUGCAACAUAAAUAACUAUAUUGCUAUGAUUUUUUUUGUGACAUCUCAUGAAGGGUUACAGCUCAUGCCUCUGUCAAAGUAGCAAACACUUAACUUAUAUGUAAGGGCGUCUCAGCAGUUUCUCAUGUAAUGAGUUUGAGGCUUCUUUCCAUGUUAAUAUUGAUAUAGGGUCUAAAGAAAUUUUAAUUUAGUUUCUUGUUUUUUUUACUUCCAUAAUAUUCCUUUGUUAAGAUGUUUUAAGUUUCAAUGCAGACUGCUAUUAUAUAAUAAACCAAACUACCAAGAACA